CUUCGUUGAUGCGGUGGCGUGGUGGAGAUCCAAUAGUCGUCGAGUUCUAGUAGUGAAGGAUACUAGUGAAGCCAUGUAGCAGAUGAAAGAAAAGAGACAGAUGGACACAUUUUGGCCGCGAGUCUGAAAAAAGCGGAGGAUCGAAAGUGAAUUCAAGGGCGGCGGCGGCCUCAAAGCUCCGGAGCUACCCCUGUCAACUACGUCAGUGGGAAAGCUUCCAUGAGCCUCUCUCGCUUUUUACAGCUGUGGUACGCUGUAGCAACAAGAAAAACUUGCCUGUACGAGGACGCUACGCUACGCAACGCAUACUGAUACCUGCAAAUUUCAGGGCAUGGCCUGCCAAGGAAAAGGUCAGUGGCUCACAGCCUACAAACGAAGAAAGGGCGAUGAUGGAAUAGUUUGGUUGCCAAUAAUCUCAAGAAGCUUCUCUCUUAACCCACUGCCCAGCUGCACCUGCCUGCACUCCACCCCUUUCUUCCUCCAACACAACAAACACUGACCACUCUGGAUAGACAACAUACCAAAGCAACACAACACAACCCAAGCCAACAUCUCUAAAACAUCCAUACAUUCCCCGUCGCCAUCUGAGGAAUUCCAUCGCACCACCAUCAUCAAAUUCCAGUCUGCGAGAACUCUCUCGCUCGACUCCAUCUAUCCUUUUUCUUCUCUUUUUUCGUUCAGUGAUACCCACGAUACCCAGCCUUCUUAAUCAUGACGUCCGUCAACAAACCCACCAAUAUUCAGGAGAAGGAGGCAGAUGUCAAUCGCAAGCUUCAACUCUACGGCAUUGCAUCAGGUACGAACAUCUCCCUUUGCUUUGCAUGCGCUCCCGACUAAUGUAUUCUCUGUAGCUUUCCAGGCUGGCAAGGUCCCAUCCGUAAGUAAAUACCGCCCUUGAUCGCGAUUCAUACUCUUCGAACAACUACCAUGCUUGGGAGGGAGAGCUGGCGCAACAAGAACUGCAAUGUGAUGGGAAUCUGGGAAGAAAGGGAGACACUGUCCAAGGUGUUCCCUCUUCUUUCACAUCAAUAUCAUUUCAAUGAUCGACGAUUGUGCAAUAAUUGUGUGUCGCGUCAUUGGUGCUCCCUUGGGUCACAGCCAGCACCAGAAUCGGGAAAAUGAUUUCAUUCUUGCUACAGUCGCACAGAAUCAAAUGAAAAACCACUAACAUCGUUACAGAAUGAGCAAAUCGACGUUGCGUUGAACAGCUUCCUUGCCUCGAAACCACUCGCAAAUCCUUCCAACAGACUUUCGCCAGAGGGACAAGCUUUGGUCAAAGACUUCCGCAGUGUAGUCGAGCAAGCCAAACACCUUCUCCUCUCAAAGAAUCAGGGUAAUCUUCUCCAAGAUUUCAUCUGGGAAUCUCAAAAGAUCGAUGUUGCAAACACUGCACUUCCCGGUGCUCCUAUCGGCAAGGAUGAAGCCAAGCAACACGGCAAUGAGGCGUUGGAGGGGUUACGAACACUCGGAACAUUGAUCAUCAGCAAUGGUCAAUUCAGAAAACUAUGUAAGUUGUUUUGUUUAGCAUCACAAGCUUUGCCAAUGAUUGUGCCAAGCUUUCUUGUAUAUUUUGUUGAAUCCUUGAAAUCAUUUGGGGAAUGGCAUGUUGAAAUUGUCAAUCAAACUAAACCUUGAGCGUCGAUGACCAUACUAUCCCAGUUUUUGUGAAAUCGAGUCAUUGCUCCACUCAGUUCCAACUAUCACUAACGCAACCUGCAGUAAAUGAUGCCACUAUCCUCCUGCGAGAUAUCGCUGGUGACGCCGCAACCAACGCGGCCUCCAAAGUAAAGCCUAACCAAGAUCAGCUCUCCCAGAUCGAUAGAGCUGCAGAUGAUAAUACUUGGCAUGACGUUCCCGAUUUGUCUACUAAUACUCUUAAGAAUCAAAUCAAGCAAGCAUAUAGCAAAAAGGGUCCUGUCCAAAAAGAGGACUUACGCGAUGCAGCCGGAGAUGCCACACAAGCUGCUCAUCCCAGCGGCAGUCGUGACCCAGCAGAUGCUGUUGCUUUAGCUGGUCAAGAUCGCUCUGAUGGAACAGCUUCAGGACUUGAUGCUAAUCGGGGGUUGAGAGAAGGUGCUGCUAGGCUGCAGGAACGGGCCUCAGCCAAUAUGCCCGAAGAGACCAAGCAGCGCGGCAGAGAGACCAGAGAGAAGACCAAGAAUUACAUCUCCAAGAAGAUGCCCGAAGAGCGCAGAGAACAAACCAUCUGGAGACUGAAGAAGAUGAUUGUUGAAUGUCAAGGACACCCUGAUUACCAACAAGCCAUCACCACACUUUUGGAUUUGGCUGAACAAUAUGCCGGACACGCCAACACCAUUGGUCAACAGUCGACUGGAACAGUCAAGGGUGCACAUACUGAUUCGUCCUUGAAGAAGGCCGAGAAUGAUCUCAAGACUCUCAUCGAGCGAUUUGCCAACGGCACUUCAACCGAAGACCUAUUUGAAUCGUUGAAUACAAUUUACAGAGACGCUGACAAGGAUCCUGAGCUCAAGUCCUGGUUCAAGAACAUGAAUACCUACGUACGAAGAUGCUUGAAGGAACAAGGUUACAUCAUGGAGGAUCGUGCUAAGGAGGAGUGGAACGCUCUCUACGAUCGCGGCAACUUUCUUCUUCGUGACCGCUACAGAAACCACACUGAUCGCAUCGUCGAUGAGAUCAAAUUCCUUGGCAAAGAAUUCGACAAUGAUCCUCAAAACAAGCAAUUCGCCACUUCCUUGCAAAAACUCUUCAACGACUUGGGCAACGAUGAGAACGGCAAGCCAACCUUCAAACCUCAUUUGCUCAAAGAUCUCAGCGAUGUCAUCUUGCCUGCCGUUUUUGAGGGUAUUCGAUACGUACCAGUGCCCAGAAUUGAGUACAGUGAUCCUAUGGUCGAUGCUAUCAUUGAGAACCUCGUCAUCGAAAGUGACAACCUGAUGCCAAAUAUCUUCGAGUUGGAAUCAGAUCACCACUUCCGCUGGGGACGCAAGAACGUUGCCAACAAUAACAGCAAUAGCGUCACUCUCAAAGUCUCUGGUGUUCAAUGCGAUUUACGCGAUGUGUCAUACUACAUCAAUCGUAAACAGGGUACACCAAAACUCAAGGAUGCUGGAGUUGCAGAUAUUUUCCUUGGCGGUUCUGGCUUCUCUUUCAAGAUGAAGAUGAGCACUACUUCUAAAUCUGAUAAGCAAAACUUUUUCAAAAUCGAAAAAGUGGAUGUGGAUGUGAAGAACUUCGAUAUUAAAUUGAAGCAAUCCAGACACAAGCUCAUCUUCAAGAUCUUCAAGCCUUUUAUGUUAAAGGUUCUUCGACCAGCGCUCCAGAAGGCUUUGGAGAAGGCCAUCAAGCAAAAAGCUGAAGAACUCGACUCGAUGCUCUUUGAAGUUAAAAAGGAAGCUGAUCGUGCCCUUCAGGAAGCCGUUGAAGAUCCCGAACAAGCUCCAAAUAUCUACAGUCGCUAUGUAUCUGCUAUUCAGAAGAAGAUGUUGCAAGGAAAGAACAAGGCCGAACAAGUUGCCAGCCAGACCAAGGUUAACAUGGCCAUGACUCAGCAAGACUCCAUUUUCCCAGAUAUCCAUCUAGAGAAGGGAACUUCCAGCAAGGCUACUGAGUACAAGGAACUUGCAAUCAAGGACCCAACCACCUGGCAGACUCCUGUAUUUGGUAUCGGAAGUGCAAAGCCUUCAACCAAUCUCCCCAAAGCCCCGGAAAUUACUCGCAAGCACCAUCAAGUCAACACAGGAGGUAUUCGGGGACCACAGAAUAUUGGAAAUACCAGUUCUAUGAGUAACCAAGCUCAUAAUCCCACUGCUCAACACUCUGGAAUGGCCGCUUCUAGUGGAAACAUGGCGGGCGAGCGAAACUCGACUGUUACGGGAUUUGGUAGUCAGGUCGAUCAAGCAUUCAGUGAUAACUCCAAGGUUCCAAUGACGGGUACUCAUGGUACCAAUGGUGCUAUGAAUGGUCAUGGCAUGAAUGGAGGGUCGAACGGUCUCAACAGUCAUGCGACCGAUGGGAAGCAGCCGGUUAUUUACAAUACCACGCUGGGGAAUGAGAAUCCAGUCAUGACUGGAAGAAUGUAAGGAAGCUGACGGCGACUAAAUUUACCGACGCACAACGCAACUUUUCUUUACUUGUCUUGGUUUUCUUUUUGCUUUGGAUUGGGUUUUUGAAGAUACCAAUACCGCGGAUACCCGUUACUUGAUACUCUGGGUUAGGGAGGGAUAAGGGUGAGGUAAUGGGAUGUGGUGGUGGUGGGGAGUGGGAAGGAAGGGUUGUUUCUUUUGUUCUUUCUUUCCGCUGAUUUGCUGGUAUGCGUGGCAGGGUGAAUUGGUGGAGGAUGGAGCGGGAGCUAAUAAUACUACGUAAAAGUUGGCGGGUGUGAUUCCCCCUGGAAAGGAGAGCGAAUGGAGAUUGAGCGGCUGAAUUACGAAAGUCCAUAGCGUUAGAGCGUGAAUUGUAAUUGCUAAAUCAGGAAUCAAGUUUUUUUUCCUG